CAAAGGUAAACUUCAAACUAGAAAGAAGCUAAGCAGGUUCAUUCCCAAUAUAAAUACUCAGUUCCCCAUGUGCAACAACCAAGAGGAAGAUAUUGAUCAUCUGUUCCUCCACUGCCAGUAUGCUAAGUAGGUUUGGAGUUGUGCCACUGAUAUGUCUUUAUCAAAUUUUGAUAUCAACCUCAAGAUAAGUGAUUGGUUUGUGAACCUCUCUCACAAAAAUUCGAAUGCUGUAAGCAAUUUUAGCAAAGCUAUUUCUAUUUGCUGGCAGAUUUGGAAUGGUAGAAAUGGAUGCAUUUUCAGGAAAGAAAGGCAUAUCCAUACCAGAGCUUUUAUCCGGGCUAUGUCUAUGGUUAAUGAGUAUUUCAAGGAUAAUGUGAAGAGCUGGGAAAAUACGCUGGUAACAAGUGAUGAUAAAGUGAUCAAAUGGAAUUGUCCAUCGUACCCAUAUGUUAAAAUAAAUUUCGACGGUUCGGUGUCAAACUCCUUGGCGGCGGGAGGUUUCAUUAUCAGGAACUGGAGCGGUAAACCUAUUCUCGCUGGUGCUAUGAGUUUGGGGUCUUCUACCAUCAAUGUUGCUGAGGCCAUGGCGCUGUGUGAGGCACUAAUCUGGGCUAGGAGGAGAAACUUGACGCAUGUGUGUGCGGAGGGUGACUCAAAACUUAUCAUUGAUGUUGUUCGUGGUGCUUGCGAAACACCGUGGAACUUGAGGUCUAUCAUUGAAGAUAUCAGGUAGUGUGCCUCUUUCUUCCAGGAUAUCAAGUGGGGGCAUGUUUUCAGGAAGGCGAAUUUUGUUGCAGAUGUUAUGGCAUCUAUUGGGCUGAAAAUGGAUAAUCUUUGUAUAUGGGAUCCUUGUCUUCCUGUCGAAGCAAACUUAGCCCUGUUAUUUGAUUGUAAUGGCUCCGGCUGUGUGAGGGGCUUCUCUCUUUAAUGAAGUUUUAUUUUUCCA